AUGUCGGCGUCAUUGAACGUAAUUGCUUUAAUCUCCGGAGGCAAAGACUCGCUCUUCUCCAUUCUCCACUGUCAAGCAAACGGCCACACCGUCGUAGCACUGGCCAAUUUGCACCCAGCGCUUUCCACCAAUGACGACGAAGAAGACAUCAAUAGCUACAUGUACCAGACCGUGGGGCAUUCGGUCAUCCCACUCUAUGAAGAAGCGCUAGGAAUCCCGCUCUAUCGACAAGAGAUCAAGGGUACCGCAGUGGACUCGAGUCGAGACUACGCGACACCUUUGCAAAAGCAAGAGCAGGAUGAAACUGAAGACUUGGUUCCGCUGUUGAGAAGGGUCCUAGAAGCACAUCCUGAGGCCAACGCUGUGUCUACAGGGGCUAUCCUGAGCACAUAUCAACGCACGCCUAGGGUGGCCAAGGCCAUGGGACGCUAUGGUGACGCUGGCGACGGCGCGAUACUAGGUGAGGGGGGGAUCGAAAAUGGACCACCUGGGAAGCUGGAGGGUGGCCAAGCAGUGCUAAAGAUUAAGAACAGCACGCUUGAGGAGAAGGGUGCAGAUGAAGAGGCUGCUGCUGGGCCACUAAGAAUACCGGAGCUUUUGGACGAGGAGUUCACGAAGUUGCUAGCAGCCACAGAUGCCAGCAAUGAGGGUAGGCAAGGUGUGCCCACUGACACAGGGUCUAUCGUCCAGUCUCUUGGGCCUGUCUCUCAAGCGGGCAUCCCAUCAGUAGUAGAUCGGCUAUCCUGGAAUACAUACAGUGAUACUUCGACAGUCUUCACAUACUCCAAUCUAGUAAGCGAUGCCUGCACCGCGUCCUCAUCCGAGUCCCCAUCCCGCCAGCUCUCCAAGAUCUUCCUCCGUCUCGACCACAUCCUGAAGCAAUGCCGUAUUCCCAAGAGCAGCGUCAACCACUGCACACUACUGCUCCGUGACAUGGCGGAUUUUACAGUUCUCAACCCAAUCUACGCGCAAUACUUCAGCAGCGUGAAUCCACCAGCCAGAGCCACCAUAGCAGUUGGGGACACAAUGCCAAAGGGCAUAAAUGCCAUGCUGAGCGUAGUCGUGGACAAAGACGAAAGAGAUCAAGAUGGAGAGGUCCUAAGACCAGUGAAGAGACAAGGACUCCACGUACAAGGACGAAGCUACUGGGCACCAGCAAACAUCGGACCCUACAGCCAAGCCAUCUCCGUACGCCUGCCUACAAGUAAUGAGCUCAACGAAAACAACGCCCAGAACAGCGGAGAAGUCGUGUACGUAGCUGGUCAGAUCCCCCUAAUGCCCGCAUCCAUGGACGUGUACAAAGAACAUGGUUUUAGAGGUCAAGCAGUCCUCUCCCUCCAACAUCUUUGGCGCAUCGGCCGCACAAAAGGAGUGAAAUGGUGGCCGGCAGCCGUAGGUUUCAUUCCCGCAUCCGAACACGCGGAAGAGUCUGUACGAGUGGCACAAGAAGUCUGGAGAGCGACCCACACACCUCCCUCCUCAGCUGAUAACGAUGACAACGACGAAGAGGACGAAGACGCGGACAUAGACCCCUGGGACCGCUUGAAUCAACACCACACCUCGACAUUCAAAGAUUCCACUUAUCGCUCUCCCAUCCCCGAUCACUCUGCGAUUUCUACCCUCCAGAUUCAAGGCCAAGACCAAACCACAGGCGCGAAUAUGAGCGAAACACGAACGCUGAUACCACCGUGUUUCAUCGCUCAAGUAUCUUCUUUACCGCGUGGUGUAGAUAUAGAAUGGAGCGCUACGGGUCUAACUUCCUCUUCCAUGGCAUAUUGGCGCAACCCCACGACCCCACAUUCCACGACGACAACGCCGCGGGAUGCUCGAUCGAGGUUCUUCACCCUCGAGUUGAGGGAUGAGGGGGACGUGGAGUGGCUGGGGAAGCAAAGGUGGACGAGUGCUACGUUGUAUGUUGGAAGGGGGUUUGAGUGGUUUGGCAAAGAGGGCGUAGAUAUGAAGAUGGAAGGUGUGCAGUGGAUUCCUUGUCAGAGGGUUUGGGGCGAGGAUGGGAGGGAGGCUUGUGCGGUUUUCGUAGGGAGAGUUGAUGGGUGA